GGAAAGAAAAAACUAAGGAUCAUGGUGAUGCAGCAGCCGAUCUCCUUCAGGUUUACUGCAAAGAAGCUCCUGCAGGUUCUCCAACAUCUUCUGGUGCGAGUAAAAAAGACGAUGAUGAUGAUGAUGAUGAUGACUCGGACGACGACGAUCAGGAUUACAUCGUAGACAUGCUUCCGAUCAAGUGGUCGCCGAAAUGUUUAGAGCCAGAGGAAGCCGUGAAAAAUUGGGACACAGCGAUCAACUUGAAGAACUUUGUUUUGCCGGGGGUGAAGAAGAACAAAAAACAGGCUACUACUUCUUCUUCUUCUUCUUCUUUGAAUAAAACUAGUACCCAAUCUGCCUGCUCUCCGCGGCCUUUCGCUGCAAGUACAACUUCCACAGACACCCCUAACUACUUCGGGAACCUCGCCCCGAACCGGGAGCAGGUGUUUGAAAAGCGGGCGGUGAAAAAUGCUUUAAAGUCCAUGAACACCUUUUUCGAAUUAUCCUGA